CAUAGGAACCUCUGCAAGGACCAUAGGAACCUCUUGGAGGACCAUAGGAACCUCUUAAAGCCCCUUGUAAUCUCCUCGAGGACCACAUGUCUUCUAAAGCGUUACUUGGACCUUCUCAAGUACCCCUUAAACCUGUCAAGGACUAUAAGAACCUCCUCAAGGACCAGAGGAACUUCUUCAAGGACUGCUGGAAACUCUUCAGUGGCCCCUGAAAGCUCUUCAAGGCCCUACGAGACCACCUCAAGCACGUCUGAAACCUGUUCCAGGACCCCUGGAUGUCUGUGGAGGACGGUGUGACGUCAGAGGACACCGUGUGACGUCAGAGAAAUCUCAGCAGUGAUCUCCUGACUCAUCAGCUCAGACCCCUCAUGGAGCUCAGAGACCUGCUGCGGUUCAGUCACUGCGGCCGGACCGUGUACACGUUGGACGGCCCGGCGAGUCCCGCGGCUCUCGCCGGGCUGCGGUGCCCGGUGUGCGGGCAGGCGGUGCACUUCGGCCUGACGGAGGCUCCGGUCCGGAUCCGGGCUCCGGUCAGAAAUGGACACCGCGCGAGCUGCUGCUUCCUCAUGACGUCACAGCAGGGACCUGCUGGCUUCAGAGAAGAAAAUCAGUCUGAGCUCCAUGUGGGCGUCUCCAACUCUGCAGGUGUGGUGUUCAGUUACACAGAGGGGGGAGUGACCUGUCAGCAGCAGGGAUGGGAGCAGAGCAUCAUCGUCCCUCUGGUCGCCCCUAGCAACCGCAUCCUCAGCUUCAUGACACUGUGGGACAAACACCUGGAGAUGUUUGCUCACUUGGACACCUGGACACCAGACAGGUUUCAGGAGGAGAGGGAGUUCGGCUCUUGUUGCUAUGGUUUCGCUCUGGGCUUCAUUAACUAUCUGAUGAGGUCGCAGGGACACCAGCCAAUCAGCAGAGAUUGUUUCACAGCUCAAUUUGUGCUGCCAAGGAUGGAGACGACCUCCAGAUACCUGUCUAUGUACCAGCACGUCUGUCGCCAUGGAUACUACAGCACCGCAGUGACCUGCAACCUGAUAGGCCAGAGCCGGGCAGUGAUGUCAUCUGAUAGGCUGUAACCCAGCAACCAGGUGUGACACCGAGGAGGAGAGAAGAAGAAAAUAGACGACAGACAAACAGAAGACAGGAGGAAAGAGGAGGAAGAGGUGAGGAGG